GCUGGGCGGGCGGUCCCCGAGCCCUGGCGCCUCCUUAAAGCUGCGGCUCCGCCCCGCGCGCCCUCCCCGCUCGGGGUUCCGCCCAACCGCCCGGUUCCCGCCGCCGGUGCGGAGUAUCGCCCAGCCGCUAGCCUGCGAGGAGCGCGCUGUCCACCCAGUCCCCGCGCGGGUCCCAAGUCCCGCGCCCCCGUAUCCGCCACCAUGGCCAGCGAGGACCUGGGGUGCAAACUGCAGCGGCAGCUGCCGCGGGAGAAGGUGCAGGCGGGUUUCGCCCUGCCAGCGCCCCUGGCCGCCUCAGCCCGGGGGCCCCAGCCGGCGCCGGCGGCGAGCGCGGACGCCGAGCUGAGCGCGCAGCUGAACCGACGGCUGGACAUCACCGAGGGCGCUGCGCAGCCCCGGCGCUGCAAGGUCUUCAACCCCUACACCGAGUUCCCGCAGUUCAGCCGCCGCCUCAUCAAGGACCUGGAGAGGAUGUUCAAACUGUAUGACGCUGGACGGGAUGGCUUCAUCGAUAUGAUGGAGCUGAAGCUGAUGAUGGAGAAGCUGGGGGCCCCCCAGACCCACCUGGGCCUGAAGAGCAUGAUCAGGGAGGUGGACGAGGACUUUGACGGCAAACUGAGCUUACGUGAGUUCCUGCUCAUUUUCCACAAGGCCGCGGUGGGGGAGCUGCAAGAGGACAGUGGGCUGAUGGCGCUGGCAAAGCUCUCCGAGAUCGAUGUUUCCCAGGAGGGUGUCAAAGGUGCCAAGGACUUCUUUGAAGCCAAGGUCCAAGCUUUGUCCUCUGCCAGUAAGUUUGAAGCAGAGCUAAAAGCAGAGCAAGAGGAGCGGAAGCAGGAGGAGGAGAAGAGGAGGCUCCGCCAGGCGGCUUUCCGGGAGCUCAGGGCUGCUUUCAGUACAUAGUCAGUAAUCUUGACCUCCACCCACAGCUGUGCCUCACAGAGUCCCCCCCCCAGGGAGAGCUGGCUGAGCAUCCCCACCCCUGCUGGUCCCUUGCCCCAACCAGCCUCCAGACCCACCACCCAAUGCAAACUCCUUAGCCUCAUGGGGUGGCAGGGGUGGCUCUCAGCCCUGUUGCGGAGCCCCUUCCGGAGGGUCCUGGGAUGGGCCAACUGCCCCUCUUGCCUGUCUGUCUUUCCUUCCCUCCUCAGUCUGUAGCCAGAUCGCGCCUCUGCUUAGCAACCUGUCCCUUUGUCCUUGUCCCCUUCCUGUGCCACGUCAAAGAGUGGUCUGUUGUGUUAAUUCAUACAGAUGCUCCUUUGGUGGUCCUCAGAGGAGACAGUCCCUGGGGGGCUAUGACGUUAAUGUCGCCCAUCUUCUUAGGUAGUUCUCCUCUUCACCACUCCCUUUCAUGUCCCCACCCCUUUGUUUCCCGUCCAGCCUCCCUGUUCCCAUUCUGAGUCUGAUCUUCCGGCUGCUUUUGCAUCUUCUGUCCUUGGAUGAUGGUGAGGGUUAAGACAGGCCAGGCCAGACCGCUGCCCGUCCCCUCUCCAACGGGGGCCACGCCAUGCCGCAGGGAAGAUGCACAGUAGUAAAAGCUACAGUCCUGUUCCUUCCCAUGACCUUUCUCCUGUUCUCUCAGUAUCCCUCCUAGGCCCACCCUCUCUAUCCCCCUCCACUCAUGUCUUCCCCUUGCAGCCUUUCUUUGUACUCUUAAAUACUAUGCUACUUAAUUAACUGCAAGAGUGAAAGAAUAAUUAGAAGUGACAUUAAUGAGUAGAAUUCCUGUUAACCCUUAGUCUAUGCAAAUUAUAUUAUAGUUGUCCCCUGACAGUCCUAAGUGGCAAAUCCAGAGCCUUUCAAAAUCCCAAAAUUCAUGGCCAUCAUCAUCGGCUGGCCAGUUUCAAGAAUCUGCUCCAAGGUGAAGUGAAGCUAUUCUCACUCCCAGCGCACAUUGUUACUGUGCGUUCUUGGGAUUGCUCGCAAAUACCAGGCAUUUGUUGCAUUUUUAAAAAUAAUUCCGAACAUCACAUUUAUUACUUCUCUUUCAUAACUGAUUUACAAUAAAGAAAAUGUCUGCAUUUCUACCUUACAACUGUUUUCUUUUUAAAUAAACAGUGCAAAUGGAUUUUGCCAUCA